CCAGUCGUUCUCUCUCCGACAAGCUGACUGUUUAUUCGCGUUAAUUACGGAAAUGCCACAACACCACCACUCCAUUGGCUGCGACUUCGUCGACGACGACGAUGAGCACCUGAAGAAGAAGAGGAGGCCACAGUCCAAGGCCUCCGUCUUCCUGCCAUCUAACGCUCUCGGCCUCUCCCGCCGCAUCCUCGUCCUCAUUCUCGUCCUCGCCGCGGCUUGCCUUUUCGUCGGAGUCGCUGGGAUCGCAUUCUCGGCCUCCGCCCUCCGUCGCCCUCCGCGUAUUGCCACUGUAUUCCGGUGUGGAAGCUCUCAGGAUGCCCUCCGUGCUUUCAGAUCCAAGUCCCUCGCCGCCGCCGGCCGGGAGGAGGAGGUCGUGGCGCCGAGGCCGAAGGUGCUCGCAGUGGUCGGCGUCUAUACUGGGUUUUCGGCGGUCAAUCGCCGCGCUGCGCUACGCAGUAUCUGGUUCCCCUCUGAUCCGGACGCCUUGUCGCGUUUCGAUCAAGCUACUGGAUUGGCUCUUAGAUUUGUGAUAGGGCAGACAAAAGAUUCAAGGAAUAUGACAGCUCUGAAAAAGGAAAUAGACCAACACCAUGACUUUAUUCUUAUAGAUGCUGAUGAAGAUAACUUGAAUUUGCCCCAUAAGACGUUAGAAUUUUUCAAAGCAGCUUUCAAACUUUUUGAUGCAGAAUUUUAUGUGAAAGCUGAUGAUGAUAUAUAUCUGCGUCCAGACCGACUUGCUACACUUCUUGCCAAGGAUCGAGCACAUCGUUUUAGUUACAUUGGCUGCAUGAAAAAGGGCCCGGUUAUCACAGACCCAAAUAUGAAAUGGUAUGAAAGUUCUGGCAAGUUGAUUGGGAAUGAAUAUUUUCUCCAUGCUGAUGGCCCAAUAUAUGCUCUUUCUGCUGAUACAGUAGCUUUUUUGGCAAAUGCCAGGAAUGAUAGUUUGAGGUUUUUCAAUAAUGAGGAUGUCACCAUUGGUUCAUGGAUGCUUGCCAUCAACGUCAAUCAUGAGGAUAAUAAAGCUCUGUGUGAGCCUAUAUGCAGUCCCACAUCUAUUGCUGUCUGGAGCAACCCAAGAUGCUUAGAUCCCUGCAACCUUAAACACAAAUUGAUGAAGCUUCACAAUAUCAGUAUGUGCUCAAACAGCUCCACGUUGCCUCCAGAAGAUGAAGACGACUACGAUGAGCGCUAGUAUGUUCACGCUAGCAAUUUUUCUAACGAUAGUGCUUAUCGACAACACAAAUACCGCGGAAGCAUGACAUCGACCUCAUUUGUUAAUUUGAAUACAUGAUGUAAAUGAGUGCUGGCCUCAUGGUGGCCAUCCCAUGGAGUACUUGUAAUUUUGUUGUACAUUUUUAUAAUGCAUUUUUUCAAUAUGUUAAGGAGAAUGUGGGGCGGCUAUAAUCCAUGAGUCCUUGUAAAGAUUGCUUAUCUUUUCAAGACUUUUCUAGUGCAUUUUGUAACAUCACAACAAUAUUAUUGAAAAACAAAAUGUGGCACCUUUUUA